AUGGAGGUUUACAAACUACUUGCUAUGGCUGCUGAGCAGCUAUCCGUGGAAGAGGACGCGCGCAGCCUGUGCGCGCUUUCCUCUGCUCGCGUCGCGCCCUACAUCCCGGCUCCGCCCCCGCCCGCCCCCAACACCACCUUCUCGACUCUGCAGUCUGACAGCGAGAAAAUGAAGGCUCUUGCAGUGGCUGCAGAGCAGCUGCUGGACGAGCGGGCCGCGAUGCUGCGCUACGCCGUUUCUGCUCUCCCGCGCGGGCAACGUGACCAGCGGGCAACCACUCCCCCGUCUGCGCCCGCCUCCUCUACCACGCAGCCCCCAGCUCCCAUCCCUACCACGCAGCCGCCGACGCCCGCCCCGGCUCGCGUUCCCGCUGUCAGGCGCGACAUGGCACGCGCGCAGACGUCCUCGCACGACGCCCGCGGCCUCCCGCCCCCGCGCCCCGAGCGCCCCGACAGCGCGCCCGGCGUCGACGUCUACGGAAAGCGCACGCGAGACCACCCGGAGGUGCUCGCCUGGCUCGACGCGGUCGACAAGUUGGCGGAGGAGGCAGAGGGCGAGGCGAAGGAGGGGCACCUCUACCCGCAGGACUUGAUUGAGCGCGCGCCGCCGCCGCCAGCGGACUCGGGUUUGUUCACUCUGUGCGCGCUGCGCGCGGCAGAGAAGCGCCGCAGGCUGCCCUACUGGGUGCUGUUCAACAUCGACAGGCGGGACGACACGCUUGACCGCAUCAAACGCGAGCUCGACAGUUGGCCCAAGACGAUAGUGGUGACAAGCUUCUUCGACACGCCCGGGCAUAUACUCACGUGGGUCCACCAUCGGAAGGAGCAGCACGACGUGCUCGACAGGGCGCAGAGAGACUUUACACACCUUGUGCCAGCGUGGUGGCAUACGAGGACUCCGAAGACGCGCAGCAGGGAGAACAAGCGGAAGGCGGACGGGGCGGAAGGUACAGGGAUUCAGCCCCCGAAGAAGAGGAGGCGCCCGGCGAAGCUGACGAUGAAGAAGGGGACGAGAAAGGCCAAGGCAAAGCCCGUGCAGGGGGAGGAGAAAGAGCAGGGGGAGCAGGAGCAGGACGUAGACGUAGAGACGGAGUCGGCCGUGCUGAUGCCGCCGCCGCCACCCCCGGCUCCUGGCAGGGUCGUGCUGCGCUUGCCUGCGCGUUCCUCUGCACCCACCGCUGCACCUGCUGCCGUCCUUGCAGCUACCCCCGCUGCCGUCCCUGUUCCCGCCGCUGCGAAGCCCAAGCCCACUCCCACCUCUGCGAAGCCCAAGCCCACUCCCGCCGCUACGAAGUCCAAGCCCACUCCCGCCGCUACGACCGCUAAACCCAAGCCUUCCCCCAAGAAACCCAAGACUACAAGAGCUGAGGCACCCAAGCCGACCGCAGCGCCCAAGCGCCAGAGCAAGCGCAUCCAAGCAGCCAGCGACGUCGAGCUCGACGCGGCGCGCUUCGCGAGCGAGAUCACCUUGUUCACGUCGAAGUCGAGCACACUCGUGAACAGCAUGCCGCCUGAUUUGAAGAGGGUGGUGGAGGGGGUUAGGACGCCCGAGCCGGAGAAGCUGGAGGCUAUCGAAGAGGAGGGGGAGGAAGAGGAGGAGGAGGAGGUCGCGCCUGAGCCUGAGCCUGAGACCAAAACCAAGAACGCGCGCAAGCCCAAGGGGAAGAAGAACGCGAAGGGGAAGGGAAAGGCCAAGGCGCCCCCCGUCGAGCCGGACGCGACGGAGGACGAACCCGACCUCCCCAAGCUCCCGAGCGGGCUGGAGAAGGCGGAGACGGUGAAAUCCUGGACGGAGGAGGUCGCUGCUUCCGAGGCUGACGCGGUGGAGGAAGCUCAAGUUGAGGAGGAGAUCAACGUUGUGGAGGAGGUGCCUGUGCCUGACACCACUGCCAGGGCCGGAUCACGCGCGGCGCGUGCGCGGCGGCCGACACAGAAGGCGCGUGAGGCGGCGGCGAAGGCUUCGAAGAGCAAGGCGAAGAGCUCGAGGACGAAGAAGGCCUCCGCUGGUGUUGAGGUGUAA